UCUCUUCUACCUCUCUAUUCAACAAAAACCCAUUCCUCUGUUCCAAAUGCAAAACCAUUCCGUCAUGAGGAAUCCCAAUCAGAACCACGCCGGAGAAGAAGACCACAUCGAAUUGCCGCCGGGCUUCCGCUUCCACCCCACGGACGAGGAGCUAGUCACCCACUACCUCACCCCCAAAGUCCUCGACCCCAAUUACAGCGCCGCCGCCAUCGGCGAGGCCGAUUUGAACAAAUCCGAGCCCUGGGAAUUGCCUGGGAAGGCAAAAAUGGGGGAAAAGGAGUGGUAUUUUUUCUGUAUUAAGGACAGGAAAUACCCAACUGGGAUGAGAACGAACAGGGCGACGGAGUCAGGGUACUGGAAGGCCACUGGGAAAGACAAGGAGAUUUUUAGAGGUAAAAGAAUUGUGGGUAUGAAGAAAACAUUGGUUUUUUACAGAGGAAGAGCCCCAAAAGGAGAGAAAUCCAAUUGGGUUAUGCACGAGUACCGUCUCGAAGGCAGAUCCCCCCUUUCCCCUAAUCUUCUCAAGCCCAUAAAGACUGAAUGGGUGAUUUGCCGAAUCUUCUACAAGAGCUCUGGGGACAAGCGCACGCACAUCUCCGAAUUGCUACCACACAAGCAUAUCUCCGACGGCAACGGCAACGGCAACUCACCCGCUCUUCCACCGCUGAUGGAAUAUUCCCAUUUACAAACGCCGUACACCUAUGACGCACGUGCAUCACGCGUGACCUGCUUCUCCAACAAUCCAUUACUUCACGAAACAAAACCCUACACCAACGCCGACAUGCUUUACAACACCAACUCCCUGCCGCCGUUUUCUUACCCAAACCCGCCGCCAGAUUCCGGUUGGCCUCCCGGAAAUUCCAUCGUGAAAAUGUUGCUGGAGAAUCAAACCGGCGGCGGAAGUGGUUUACAUUACAAUAAUAAUAAUAAUAAUAAUAAUAAUCAAGUAUUUAGCCAUGGAAUUGGAAUGAUGGAGGAAGAUCCUCAUGACCCAUCAUCAGCUGAUGAUCCAAUUGACCUUGAAAAUCUUUGGAACUAUUGAUAGUUUCUUCAUUCUCAAUUCUUUUUCUCUCCCAAUCAUUCCAAUCAUUGGGGGAUCAUAGUUCAUUUAGGUUUUUGUUGUUAGUUCAUCUCUGUUUCGGGUUUUAGCGUGAUCCAAAUAUAUUUGUAUAUACAAAUCUUAAUACGUUCUACCUGUAUACCAUGAUUCAUAAAUUCGAAUCUUUUCUUAACUUUGA